AUCACGAUAUGUGGUCAUUAUAACGAAGCCGAUCACACUUCUUACUUCUUCUACCUCUCCUGAUCUUUCCUUAGUCACCUCUAAACUCUUUCUUCAGGCAAACUUUUCUUUAAUGGCGACGACUUCGUUCACUAUACCAACCAUUCCAUCUCCGAUUCGGAAAACGAAUUUCCUCGGUCAAACCCAUCUAUUUGCAGCUGCAAACCGGUCGAUUUUCCCACCUCCAAAACAGCUAUCAAACCCGCAUCAAGUAAAGGCCAUGGCUAAAUUCAAUCUAUGGGAAGUGAUGGGAGGAAGAGGAUUAUGCAACGGAGAGAAAGGUAUCGAGAAGGAGCUCAAGAGGAACAUAGAGGAAGAGACAUCAAAGGCUGAGAGCGUGACGGAGAAAGAGAGCGAUGGUGAUGACAAUACCUUAUCGUUUAAAGUACCUGAAAACGGUUUCGAUAAAGAGAUGAUGGGUCUCACCGGAGGAUUUCCAGGCGGCGAAAAGGGUUUGCAAACCUUCAUUGAACAAAAUCCGCCACCGCCUCCACCACAACAACCGCCUGCAAAACGUGGAACCGAUGUAUCUGCGGUGGCUGCGGAUAAGAAGCCGAGAGCGCCCGAGCUGCCGCUUCUCAUGCCGGGAAUGAUCGCUAUAGUCAAGAACGCGAACAAUCCGUAUCACAUGUAUUGUGGGAUUGUGCAGAGAAUCACUGAUGGCAAAGCUGGUGUCUUGUUCGAAGGAGGGAACUGGGACCGUCUCAUUACUUUCAGGCUUGAAGAGCUUGAACGAAGAGAGAAAGGUCCACCGGGUAAGAAUCCAAAGUCUUGUGUUCUUGAGCCUCUUCUCGAACAGAUGCAGAAAGAGGCAGAAGCACCACCAUAAGUGAUCCUUGUAUUCACUUUCCUUUCCAUGUUAAUGUUUAUGUAAAGAAGUACCUUUGCUUUUAGGCUACAAGAUCUCUGACCGGUUGUAAAAGAGCUUCAUCAUGUGAUAUAAACAGAAUAAACGAUGACUACCAA